AUGAAUUACCUUAACAUUAUUGAGUAAUCACAAAUAGACAAAUUGAAAGCUUAACUUGAGAAAAAAGAAUGUAAUUUAUAUAUAUUUAUAAAUAGAAACAAUAUCGACUUUAUAAACUAUUAUUGAAUCUCAAAAAGAAUAAAUUAAUUAGUAUUAACAUGAAAAAUAAAAAUUAGUUAAAAAUAUACAAUAACAAGUACAAUAAAAGUUUUAGGAUGAUUUAAAUUUUGAGAAUAUUAUAAGAAAACUUAAAUAGGAUUUAGAAUAGAAAUCUAUUUAAUUCGAAUAAAUGACUAUGAGAUUAAAUUAAAAUGAUCCUGGUUUUUUAUUAAUGAAAUUGAAAAAUGAAGCUGAAGAACCUCAUAGAAUUGAAAUUCUAUAAAAAGAGCAAAUAAUUGAUGAAUUAAAACGACAUAUUUUAUAAUUGAAAAAUUAAUUGUAAUUACAAGUAGAAAGAAAUAAUGCAAUUUAAAUUGCAAAUUAAAAUGAAUUAGCAUAAUUAAAAGAGAAAUAUGAAUCUAAUUUAGGAGUUGAUAAAUUAUCAUUAAGAUAAGUAAAAGAACUUAAUUAAUUAAAUGAAAGAGAUUAAUAAUAAAUUUAAGAAUUAUUGAAAGAUAAAGAAUAAUAAUAAAAUCAAAUAACAUAAAAAGACAAUAUUAUAAAAGAAUUAAGAUUUUAGAAUGAAUAAUUACAUAAAAGUAAAUAAUAAAUUAUUGAAACUUUAACUCAAGAAUUAGAAAUAGAGAGAAUAAACAGAAGAAAAUUAUAAUAAGAGAAUGAUGAUUUAGAAUCAGCUUUGAGUAAUAUAAGAUUAACAAUGAAAGUAAAUUACUCAACAAAUGUUAAAAUAGAUGGUACAACUAUAAAAGAUUAAGAAUUUAUUGAUCUUUAAAAUAGAUUAAAUGAAUAUAUUAGAUUAUUUGAAGAUGAAAAGGAUUAAAAAAAGAAAUUAUCUUAAAAAUUAAAUGAUAUAAUAAUUUAAACAAAAUAAGAAAAGUAGGAUAGUGAUAAAAUAUAUGAAAAUAGAAUUAAAGAUCUAUAAGAGUAGAUUAAAGAAGAAAAAGGAAUGAAAUCAAAGUAAUCAAUGAAAAUUAAAGAUUUAUAUGCUGAUAUUGAAGAAAUGAAACAUGAACUAAAUAUUUUGAGAGACAAUUAGGCAAGGAUUGAAGAAAGAGCUAAAGAAGUUGAAGUAAGAGAAAGAAAGGUAAUUGAAAGAGACAUGAAAUUAAAUGAAUUAUAAAAAGAAUUUGAUCUUAAAAAACCACCUGAAGAAUUAAUGUAUGAUAAUAAGAAAGUUAAAACAAAAUACAAGUAAGCAAAGAAAAAAUUAAUUGAAGCAAAUUAAAAAAUUGUAGUCUUAUUAACAAAGCUUAAAGAUUAUGAAUAAAAUAAUGAAAAUCAUACUACAAAUAAUAAUAAGAAUGUAAUUGAAGGAAAGAGUACUUAUAAUAAAUAAGGUUAUACAAAUACUGACUAAUAAAGAAAAUAGAUGGAAAGAUAAAUUUUUAAAGAUUAAUAAUAUGAGGGAUAUUAUGAUUUACCUUAAGAUGCUGAUUAUUUAGGUAAUCCUUAUCAAACUGAAUUUUAAAUGGAUAGAAUCUCUUAAAGAUUAAGAGAAGAUAUUAUUAAGUAAAAGAAUAGUUUAGAAACUCUUGAACAUAAAUAUAAUAUAUUAAAAUGA